GUCGUUCGCGUAGUCUAUGGUUGGCGUAGAUCCAAAGCGGUCGUAGAGAUGAGCAGCGGGGUAUCUUCCUAAUCCCCGUAUUCCUCUUUGUCCGCUUGUCUUCGUUUACAUCUAAAUCGUGAGAUAAACAAACCAGUAACAUAAGAGAUAACGGUGCUAAUUUCGAUCGCCUGUGGAUACUUGAAACUUGUGAUAUUGCCGUUGGUUGAAUUUGCCCCUUUGGUCUUCUUUGUUUUUGUUGUCAGUGUUCGUAGGAUAUGGGCAGAACCAGUGUAUGUACAGGGAUUGAACUGCUGCUACUCCUCCAAUAGCCAACAAAAACAACUGGAAGACCUAAAGCAGACAUCAGACACCAAACUGUUCUGAUGAUCAAACAGUCUGACGGAUACUUUGCUCAUUUCCAUCCCCUUUGAAAGGAUAAAACACGUCAGUUUUCAAUUAUGUAGCUUUAAGGAAGGCUCAAAACCAAAGAAGAUUGAUAUUUUUCUCAAGUUGCUAAGUUUUAAUCUGUGAAAGAUGGGGAACGUAAGGAACAAUUCUGGAUCUCAAAAGAGGAAUGGAGACGCAAGAGGAUCUGUAGGUUUUUACAGCUUUUUGCUCACAUGUCUAGUCCUUUUAUUGGCUGUUGGCGUUUCUUCAAGCGACAACGGCGACAACUUUAUCAGGAAACUCAACAAAAUAGGGGAAAACUUGGACAAGGCACUCAGCACUGCCAUGGACUUGAAAGAACCAAACUAUACCAGCAUCAAUAUCAACGUCACCUAUAAGAGCGUGUCCAAGUAUAACCCUAGAGGCCUUGGUGAGCUCUACAACAUCACCAAGAUUUUCAUUAAGACGAUAUUGAAGGAUGCAAUCCCUAAAAAUGUCUUCUCCGUGCGCGACAACCAAGUGGUGGUGAACGCAGAAGACAAAGUGUUCGACCUGAUACUUCAGUACUCUCUCGUGAUCUUGAUAUGCCUGAUUGUGGUGCUCCUAGGUGCUGUAAUGCCCGUAUGCGGCCUCUUCUUCUGCUGUUGCAGGUGCUGUGGAAGGUGCGGAGCCAGGUCCAGACCCUACGACAAGAAACACGACCUCUGUCGGAGGAUCUACCUGGCAACCUUGUUGAUCGUUUGUGGGACUCUCUUGGUGUUUGGCGUUGUCUGCGCGUUUGUCACCAACGCUCGUUUGCAAGACGGUUUCGAGAGUCUUCCUCACGAUAUACGCACUUCUGUGCAGGAUACGGACAAGUUCUUGAACAACACCAACAACGAGAUUGAUAUUCUGUUGAAGAAGAACUUCAGGGAGUUCUCGGAUAACAUCAAAAACAGCCUGGACGAAUGUUCGGACAUUGUCUUCAAAGAACUGGAACAGAUCUCGAACGCCACGUCUAUGGAUGACAUCAAAGACAUUGCUGAUCAGUUCCCGUACAUAAGGAAGGACUACGAACUGCUCAAGAAUUCCACUGAUGAACUCAGGAUAUACGCUUCACAGCUUAACGAUGCCGUCAGAAGGAUAAAAAGGGACCUUCUUGCCUUGCUCAAGGACUGCGUUGGGAAGUUAGAACAGUGCAAUACUCUGAACAACGACAUAGCGAAGUUGCAGACUAACGUGGACUUCGACAAGCUCCCAGACAUCAACGCCCAGAUCAGAGAGUUGGACGAGAUCGUGGACAACACCAACUGGGAGGAGAUAGCCAGAGGCAAGGAGAAGCUGGACAAGAUCCAGAGGGACAUCAGGAACGCAGUCAAAAACAACACCGACAUAGCCUACGAGAAGAUCCAAGAAGCAGGCAGGAUGAUAGAAAAGAACUCCGACAAGAUCACCUCCACCGUCAACAAGCUGCGCAGGAAGCUGCAUGAGAUCGACAGAGGUGAGCACGGUCAAGAAUCGGUGCUGGACACUGCGCAGACGUACAUCGACCAGUACGAUGCCUACCGUCAGUACGUGAGCGUGGCCAUCUGCUUCAUUCUGCUGGCCAUCACGCUCUUCGUGUCCUUGGGGCUUAUAUGCGGCAUCUGUGGCAAGAGGCCAGGUGGUUACGGGGACGAUUGCUGCAACAAGGGUAGCGGCAGUCAGUUCUUGAUGUGCGGAGUCAUGUUCAUGUUCUUCUUCACGUCAAUCAUCGCAGCUGCCACUCUGGUGUACCUCCUGGUCGGCGUAGCGACGCAAGAGGCUGUCUGCAGGUCCUUCAGGAAUCCCGAAUCCAGCGAGGUGUUCAGACAGAUCGAUCAGUUCGAUCUGAAGGAGUACGGUCUGAACGGCAAGCUGAGUCACAUCAUCGAAAGGUGCCACCGCAACCAGACUCUUUACAAGGCCUUCGACCUGAAGCAGACCUUCGAUAUCAAUCAGAUCAAGAACUACAUCAGCGAUUUCGACAUCGAGGACGCUCUCAACGCCCUGAACAAGACCACGUCUAGCAUAGAUUUUCACGACGUGGUGCUGCUGAGACCCAAGCAGCUGAACACGCUCAGAGAGAUCGCGGAGUCGGAUUUCGCCAACGUGGACUUCAACAAGUUUCUGGAUGAGCUCAGCGCCAACUUCACCAACGUGGACCUUAAGGUCAUAACGGCCGAGUUGGAGGCGGCCAAAGACAGAGUCCACGAUAUCGCUCAGACAGAUCCUGGAGCAGAAAAUUUGGAAAGGGGAUUGGAAAGCGUCAUGGUCCAGCUCAGUUUCUACGAAAGGAAUGUGGUGAAGCCGAUGCAAGCCACUGCAGACAGAGUUAGGGUGACUGCUAGUAGUUUGGAUACGAAACUUCGCCUGGGUCACAGCAGCUUCAAGGAAGGCAUGACUGAUCUCAUUAUCAAGGUGCAACAGGCUCAGAAUUCUCUGAAACACGAGGGUCCCAAGAUGAUCAGACAGGCUGCUGCUGAUUUCGCUCAAAAUAUCCUCAAGCAAUGCGUGAAAUACAAAGAACGCGUGAUAAACAAGACGGAAAACGAAGUAGGCAGGUGUGGACCUCUCAGCAACGUUUACAACGCCACCUUGACCACGGUUUGCGACAAGAUCGCUCUUCAGAUGAACGGUUUCUGGUUCACCCUGCUGUGUUCCAUGCUGGUCUUCCUGCCUACCAUAGUGAUAUCGGUGAAACUGGCCAUCCUGUACCAGAAACAAGUACCUUUCAGCGAUUAUUACGUAGAAACCGAGUAUUUGUAUGCCGCAAAUGAUAACAUUCCCUUGAAUAGCGGUCGCGGCGGUAAGGACAAGAGGAGAAAGAAAACGAAGAGAAGAGAAGACAGAACCCAACUGACACAGAGAACACCGAACGCUGAACUAGUGCCAAGAGAUGUCGCUGCUGCUCCGGCAGGUGACACCAGGAAUUGGGAGGAGUUCCCUGCCGGUGGACCUCCCCAAUAUCAAAGGGCCCCCACAGAGUACGAAAGACCGCCCCCUUAUUAUUACCCCGGUACCACCACGUGUUCACCGUCUGCUCCCAGCGUUUUGGAGUGAUAACCGGCAACGUUGCGACAAGACUGCUCAAGACAUAUUGUUUUAGUUUAGUCGAGCUUCAACGUAACGAGCUAAAUUUAAAAUUUCAAAAUACUGUUCACAUCGUUUACAACCCCAAAAAUAAUAAUCUAAGGUUUGCUAGUUCACGAGUUUUGAGGUUAGAAUGGCAUCAUUGUGCUCACUGAGUCCCUUGUGUGUUUCUAGUCAGUCCCACGUGAUGUUGUAAAUGUUGAUGUUCGAAGCUGGACAAUGAAGGUGUACAUUGCCUUCAUUUUUCGGCUCUAAAUAAGAGACUUGACAGAAGGAAUCUACGUUUGACUCUUUAUUUUUUAGGGAACAACCUUAAGAGACCGACUAGAACUGUGUGGAUCUAUAAACUUAGACUGAAUAAGCUCCUUUACAUGUAUAGGUACAUCACAGUAUAUCCUGCUGUUGAGUUUGUUGUUGACAUAUUCCAAAAAAACACUGUCUCCGAAAAAAGGGUCGAUUCUCCGAGUGUUGCGCUCGAAAUUGUAAGAACGCUCUUACGAAUUUCGAUGGAGCUCGUCGCGACAGACUCGUAGAACCAUCCUUUUAACAACUUCAUUUUUAUGUGAUAAGCACUGCCCACAACCUUCAUGGUAUCGAUAGUUGCAUUUGGGUAAUCCAGGAAGGUGUGAGAUAUAUCAUUCGUUUGCCAUUUUUCGUAUUAAAUAUAAAUAUAUUUUUAACUUGUGUAUAUUACCCGUCAAUUUAGGUUGAGUAAUUAGGAUAAUUUUUUUAUGAAAUGUUUAGAGAAUUAUAUUUUAAAAAUCGAGGGAACACAAAAGGCUCGAAGGGCUAGCCACUGAACUGAUUGGUAGUUCUUUUUUUAUAAAUUGGUCUAUUCAGGGAUCCUUUCUUCUUCUUGCUCAGAAAUUAGAACAAAUAUAAUAGCCGAGCCAUUUUUUGAAUGAUAAGAAUGGUGGGAUUGGUCAGACUGAAAAAUAUUAGUAUUUGUUUGUCUAGUACUCUUUUUAACUUUUGAAAUUAUUUUAGUUUAGUUUUUUUUUUGUGCAAUAUGUUCUGUCACAUUGGAUGAUUUGAAGCACAAAUAUGUGAUUAUAUAUUAUAUUUGAAAUGUUUAUUUUUCUGGUUACUGUGAAGAAUGAAUGGAAAUUCCCACCUUGAACAAAUAAACAUUGUAUAACGAUUGUUUUACUUCAUGUAGCAUGUAAUGAUUCUCAGUAAUAUCCAAUAAAACUUCUUUUAUUUA